AUGAUUAAUUUUAUUUUAUUUUUUGUUUUCCUCAAUAUAAUUGUUAGAGGAGAAAUAGUUUUAGAAAGUUUCACUGAUGCAAAAUAAACAAAUGAUAAUAGCACAUUUAACAUUUAAAAUGAUGAAUAUUGUUUUUGCAAUUUGAAAGUCAGAGAGAUUGAUGAUAGAUGUUGUUGUGAUCCAGACAUUAAAAAUUCAUCGUCCACAAUUCCAAGUGAUUGUUUAUUAGGAUCUGUAAAAAGGACAUGCAUUAAAAAAUAUAUUUUAUCAAGAUAAAAUGUUGACAAAUGUAAUAUUCAAAAUUAUUUUUUAGGGAUCUAAGUUGAAGAACAAGCCAAUUAAAUUUGCUUUAUUUAUGAAAAAAGCAGUCUAUCAACAUCUGGUGUAACAAUGCCAUUAACAUACAAUAAUCCAACUUAUUUGUAAGAUUAUUUUAAAGUUAAUAUUAUACCUGAAACUAAAGUCUCAAAAGCAGAUUCCCUUUAAGUAGCAAUUUAUUAAACUAAUGAUAAAUCUAAUAUACUCUUUUAUAGAGAUUCAAAUGGAAUAUGCAAACAAACUAAAAGGUUUAUAAAUUUUAAAUAAAUUCAAAAAUAGAGUUGUCUAAUGCUUACAUGUUAAUCCACUACACAAUCCAUAAUAGCUAAUAAUGUAUAGACUUAGUUUUAUGCAAAAACAACAGAUGUAUUUGCAUAAUCAGGAACAAAGCCUACUGGAUGUUUAAUAGGUUAAUCAAUAUUUAUGGGAACUUCAUCAGUAUAAACAACACCAAGUUUUACAUCUAAUACAUUUGCAUACUUUUCAAAUGAUUAAACUCUUUACACUUAUUUUAGUGAAGUGAUAUAUGCUAAUGUUUGUAAAAAUUACAAUCUAUUUUAAUAGCUACAAAUUCUAAUUACUAAGGAAAGGCUGGAUAUGAUUAUGGAUAAUAUGUUCAAGGACAUGUAAAUUUAUAAACAAAUCCUUUCGGCUACAAAGUUUAUAGAGGUAAAGUAUCACUUACAGAUUCAACUUGUUCAGUAACUGAUGAUCAGAACCCACUUAAUUAUGAACCUCUUAGGUUUGGUUAAAAUUUAUAAUUUUCAUGCUCAUAUUCACUUAAUUAAACUACUAUCUCGACAUUUUCUUGGUCUGGAUUAUCCAUAUUUAAAAGUUUUCCAUACAAUACUUUGUUGGGACUUGCAAGAACUCCUUUAUUUGGAACUAGUAGUUUAGAUUUUGUUAAUACUACAACAGCAGUACCUUCAACUGAUUAUAUUUAUCUUACAUAGCAUGUAUUAAUCUUUACAGAUGAAUUCGGAAUGAAAGAAGGUAGAUAAAAUUAUAUAUCAUCUUUUUAAAUUGUUUAUUCUAAUGGAAUUUUAAAGACAGCUAUACCUACUAAUACAAAACUUUAUAGAUUUAAUUUAAAAGUUAAAUUUAUCAGUCUACCUCAUGAUGAAAUCGAAAACUCUGUUCCAUAAGAUCCACCUUUUAUACCUUAGUUACCAUCAGAUAUAUUCUUCCCAAUUUGGUAUGAAACCUUUGGUUCAUUAAUAAGUACAAUAAUGAUUGUUUUUAUAUUUUAUAUUUGA